AUGGAUUACUUCGAGGUGUGCUGGUCCAUCUUUAGCACCAUCUGUCUGGUCAAUGUCUUCUUUGGUAUCCUGGUCUGCGAAAUCACCACGUUCACUGUCUUGGCUGCUGUACCGAUCUUCUCUUCUGCUGCGGGCGCUAUCGCGAACGGUCUUUGCUAUUAUGUGUACUACAACGAUCACCCUCUUGUCAAUGAGGUGGUAGCCGCCGUCUUUGCUGACUUCUUCUGGCUGUUACAAGAAGGAAGUCUGUUGCUUUACAGUUAUAUCAUUCUCGAACGAGUCCUCCGCCCGACCCAAUGGCGCAUCUUCAGUAUCGUCUUUUGGGCUUUGAUGGGUUUAACCGCCAUUUCCCGAGUCUUCAUCGCCGUUUACCGCGCUAAAUUCUUGAUCGAAGGCGUGCACGAGUACGAAGUCAUCAUCAAUUACCUACAUAUCGGAUACUUCACAUUCAUGGCUAUUUCAGAAUGCCUUAGCGCCUAUUUCCUUGUUGUCAUUUUCGCUUCCGCUAAGAACUCGAGUAUGAAUGCGGCACUUAAAGUCGGUCUCUUGCGAUAUCUCACACGCAGUACCGAAAUGCGUGUUGCCUUCUUGGCUUUGAUUGGAGUCGUUCGAACUAUUAUUCACCCGUUCCAAACACCAGGACAAAAGGCUGUCAAUAUUGCCAGUCAGCUCGAUCGAUUUCUCUACGCCCUAUUUUGUCUCUACCCGAUCGUUCUUUAUUUCGAUACCCUUGCUUCCAAAUUACGCUUCAACGAGGACCGAUCCAUCUAUACCCACAGUGAUCAGGCCGGCAACCCUACUCGCUACGGCAUCAACACCCAAACAAGAUGCUACACUACCACAAAGUCCAACUAUGCUUCUAAGAUGUAUGGCGGAAACGACCCUAUCCAAGAGGGAAACAAUUCACAAGAACAAAUUGUUCAGCCGGAUGGAUCAACCAGGUCAGGUGUUUCGGAGACGGAAUUGGAGGAUAUGGAUGUCGAAGGACUCGUUAUCAGGAAGACCACCGAGGUCACUGUUUCAUAA